CGGGACCCCGCCCUCGUUGUUUCCCUCCGGCAGCGCGGACCCGCCUCGGGCUGCCGCUCCGCCGAUCUCCGGGGCUGUCCCGGCAGUGCGGACCCUCGCGGGGCUCCCGCUUCCCGCCGGGGGCGCUCCCGCCGCCUCAGCCAGCAGCAAUGAGCAGACCUGAGUAGGAUUCACCAUGGAGGCCAGGUCCGUGGCCAUCGGCGUGGAGGGGAUGACCUGCAGCUCCUGCGUGCACAGCAUCGAGCAGCGCCUUGGCAACAUGAGUGGCAUCCACAGCGUUCAAGUCUCUCUGGAGGACAAGAAUGCCGUUGUCAUCUACGACUCCAAGCUGCAAACCCCAGUGACUCUGCAGGAAGCCAUCUGUGACAUGGGAUUUGAUGCUACCGUGGCUGAUUCAACCCCACAACCUGUUCUACCUGACAGAGUUUUCCUCACCCUGCCUGCCCAGUCAGCCCUAACGCCCAGGCAGAUCUGUGCCACGCUGCUGAGCAACAAAGGGAUCCUGGAUGUGAAAGUGUCCUCUGACCAAAGAACUGCAGUGGUGACGUUCAUCCCUUCCAUCACCAACGGCAGGCACAUUGCCCAGAUGGUGCCAGGAGCAGAUUUGAGCAUCUCUGUGCCAGAGGUGACACCUGGAACGUGGGAGGAUUCCAGCUGGUCCCAGGCGAGCAGCGCUGUGCUGCGCCUGAAGGUCGAUGGCAUGACCUGUCACUCCUGCACCAGCACCAUCGAGGGGAAGCUUGGCAAACUGCAGGGAGUUCAGAGGAUUAGAGUGUCCCUGGACAAUAAGGAAGCUGUUGUUGUCUACCAGCCUCCUCUAAUCACAGCAGAAGAAAUAAAACAGCAAAUUGAAGCAGCAGGUUUCACAGCAGCCUUCAAAAAGCAGCCUAGACCCCUGAAGCUCAGUGGGAUUGACCUGGAGAGGCUGAGGAAUGCUCAGCCCAAGAGCUCUGAGGCAUCACAGAGAGAAAACUCCAGUGGGGCUGGCACAAAGACAGCUGUGUUCAGAGUUGAGGGGAUGCACUGCAAUUCCUGUGUCCUCAACAUCCAGAGCAGCGUGUCGGCGCUGCCGGCGGUGGCGAGCGUUGUGGUUUCUUUGGAGAACAAAUCUGCUGCUAUAAACUACAACCCAAGCUUAAUUAGCAUAGAGAAGCUGAGGAAAGCUGUGGAGAAUGUGUCUCCAGAGAGGUUCAGAGUCAGCCUUCCUGAGGAGCAUGAGAACCUGGCACUUUUCCCCAUGCUGGCAUCUCCCCUGAAAUCUCAGCCUGCUUCCAAGGAUCCCAGCCAGCCCCUCACUCAAGUCGUUGUGAUCAAUAUUGAGGGUAUGACUUGUAACUCCUGCGUGCAGUCCAUCGAGGGAGUGCUGUCCCAGAAGGCAGGUGUGAAAUCUGUUCAUGUCUCUCUCCCAAAUGGAACUGGAACUAUAGAAUAUGACCCACUGCAAACAAGCCCAGAAGACCUGAGGUCCUCAAUAGAGGAUAUGGGAUUUGAUGCAUCUUUUCCAGCAAAGGCAGAGCUCCCUGUGGCCAAAGCUCAGCCUGAAGCACAGCUGGACUCUCACAAGCCUGAGCCACCCUCCAAAGUGCCACCAGCCCACCUGGGCAGGCAGGAGAGCAAGACCAUCUCCAAGUGCUACGUGCAGGUCACAGGGAUGACGUGUGCCUCGUGCGUGGCCAACAUCGAGAGGAACCUCAGAAGGGAGGAUGGAAUCCACUCGAUCCUUGUUGCCCUGAUGGCAGGGAAGGCAGAAGUGAGGUACAACCCUGCAGUGAUUCACCCUGCAGCCAUUGCAGAGCUCAUCCGGGAGCUGGGCUUCGGAGCCACCGUGAUGGAGAACUGUGGGGAAGGAGAUGGCAUCCUGGAGCUGGUUGUGAGAGGGAUGACCUGUGCCUCCUGUGUGCACAAGAUAGAAUCCACUCUCAUGAAGACCAAUGGUGUCUUGUACUGCUCCGUAGCUCUUGCAACCAACAAAGCCCACAUCAAAUAUGACCCUGAGGCCAUUGGUCCUCGAGAUGUCAUACAAGUGAUAAAGGAUUUAGGUUUUACUACUUCCUUAGUCAAAAAGGAUAGAUCUGCCAGUCAUCUGGAUCACAAGCAGGAAAUCAGGCAGUGGAAAAGGUCUUUUGUGGUGAGCCUGGUUUUCUGCAUCCCUGUGAUGGGGCUGAUGAUUUACAUGAUGGUGAUGGACAGCCAGCUCUCGCACGCUCACGCACACCACAACAUGAGCAGUGAGGAGAUGGAGGCCCUCCACUCCUCCAUGGUCCUGGAGUACCAGCUCCUGCCAGGAUUGUCUGUCAUGAAUUUCCUGUCAUUUUUACUCUGUGUCCCUGUACAGGUGUUCGGGGGGUGGCACUUCUACAUCCAGGCCUCGCGAGCACUGAGGCACAACACAGCCAACAUGGACGUGCUGGUGGUGCUGGCCACAUCCAUUGCCUUCCUCUACUCCUUCAUCAUCCUCCUGGUGGCCAUGGCUGAGAGGGCCAAGGUGAACCCGGUGACGUUCUUCGACACGCCGCCGAUGCUGUUCGUGUUCAUCUCGCUGGGCCGCUGGCUGGAGCACGUGGCCAAGGGUAAAACCUCAGAAGCACUGGCAAGACUAAUUUCAUUACAAGCUACUGAAGCUACUAUUGUUACCUUGGGCCCCGAUAACGUUCUUUUAAGUGAGGAGCAAGUGGAUGUGGAGCUGGUUCAGCGAGGGGACAUUGUCAAAGUGGUCCCAGGAGGCAAAUUCCCAGUGGAUGGCCGUGUCAUUGAGGGACACUCCAUGGUGGACGAGUCUCUCAUCACAGGUGAGGCCAUGCCUGUGACCAAGAAGCCUGGCAACACAGUCAUUGCAGGCUCCAUCAAUCAGAACGGGUCCCUCCUCAUCUCAGCCACGCACGUGGGAGCUGACACCACUCUGUCCCAGAUUGUUAAACUGGUGGAGGAGGCCCAGACCUCUAAGGCUCCCAUCCAGCAAUUUGCAGACAAACUUAGUGGCUACUUCGUUCCUUUUAUUGUGGCUGUCUCUGUGGUUACCCUUUUUGCCUGGAUUAUAAUUGGGUUUGUGGAUUUUGAAAUAGUGGAAAAGUACUUUCUGGGCUACAACAAGAGCAUCUCAGCAGCAGAGGUGAUCAUCCGCUUCGCCUUCCAGGCCUCCAUCACGGUGCUGUGCAUCGCCUGUCCCUGCUCGCUGGGCCUGGCCACCCCCACCGCCGUCAUGGUGGGCACGGGCGUGGGCGCCCAGCACGGCAUCCUCAUCAAGGGCGGGGAGCCCCUGGAGAUGGCACACAAGGUGAAGGUGGUGGUGUUUGACAAAACAGGGACCAUCACCCACGGCACUCCCGAGGUGAUGCAGGUGAAGUUCCUGGUGGAGGGGAACCUCCUGCCCCGUCACAAAAUGCUGGCGAUCGUGGGGACAGCGGAGAGCAGCAGCGAGCACCCCCUGGGAGCAGCAAUCACCAAGUACUGCAAGAAGGAGCUGAACUCAGAAACCCUUGGGACAUGUACAGAUUUUCAGGUAGUUCCUGGCUGUGGCAUUAGUUGCAAAGUCACCAAUAUUGAAGCAUUGCUCUACAGGAAAAACAGAAUGGUUGAAGAAAACAAUGUUAAAAAUGUGACACUUGUGAAAAUUGAGGAGAAUGCAGACGAAUCAGUGCAGCCUGCUUUGAUCAUUGAUGCUGAACUGCCAACUACUGUGACCUCUCAGAAAUACUCAGUUCUCAUCGGGAACAGGGAAUGGAUGACGAGGAAUGGCCUGGUGGUGAAAAAUGAGGUGGACAAAGCCAUGAUGGAACACGAGCGGAGAGGCCGCACAGCUGUCCUGGCAGCUGUGGAUGGAGUGCUCUGUGGCUUGAUAGCUAUUGCAGAUACUGUGAAGCCAGAGGCUGAGCUGGCAGUGUACACUUUGAAGAGCAUGGGCUUAGAAGUUGUCCUCAUGACCGGUGACAACAGCAAAACAGCCCGGUCCAUCGCCUCCCAGGUUGGCAUCACCAAAGUGUUUGCAGAGGUCCUCCCCUCGCACAAAGUGGCCAAAGUGAAGCAGCUCCAGGACGAAGGGAAGCGGGUGGCCAUGGUUGGAGAUGGGAUCAAUGAUUCCCCAGCCCUGGCCAUGGCCAACGUGGGGAUUGCCAUUGGCACGGGCACGGACGUGGCCAUCGAGGCAGCUGAUGUGGUUCUCAUCAGGGAUGACCUGAUGGAUGUGGUAGCAAGCAUAGAUUUGUCCAGGAAAACUGUGAAGAGGAUCCGGAUCAACUUUGUCUUUGCUCUGAUUUAUAAUCUCAUUGGAGUUCCCAUAGCUGCAGGUGUCUUCCUGCCCAUUGGUUUGGUUCUGCAGCCCUGGAUGGGAUCUGCAGCCAUGGCUGCCUCCUCAGUCUCUGUUGUGCUUUCUUCUUUGCUCUUAAAGAUGUACCAGAAGCCGAGCUCUGAGAAGCUGGAGUUGCGUGCCCGUGGCCAGCUGAGGCACAAGAGCCCGUCAGAGAUCAGUGUCCACGUGGGGCUGGGGGAGAGCGGGGCUGGCUCCCCCAAGCUGAGCCUGGUGGAUCGAAUCAUCACCUACAGCAGAGCCUCCAUCAACUCCCUGCUCUCAGACAAGCGCUCCGUGAACAGCGUCGUCCUCAGCGAGCCAGACAAGCACUCGCUGCUGGUGGGGGGCUUUGGGGAAGAUGAUGACACAGCUUUGUGAAAGACUUGCUCCUCUCAUCCCAAAACAAAAAUAUCCUGAAGCAAAAAACACAACCAAAACAGCUGUCGUGAGGUCUGUGCAUGUCCUGAUCCUUGUGGAGGUCUUCUGGAUGCAUUUCUUCUUCAGUGUAGAGGUAGUUUUUGCAGUGACUUUCCAGGGUCUCUUGUGGUUUUUAAUCUAGACUUACCAAAAAUAUCUGGUGCAGGGCUGUUGAUGCUCACAAACAGGGCUGUGUUCCCAUUCCAUGGAGCUUGCAAUAUAGCAUUUAUUUUGGCAAAUUGUCAAAAUACAAUUAGGGAAACUAAGGAAGCAGAAACUGAUUUCCCAGCCUUAUACCAGGCUAUUUUGUGCAUAGUGGAGUUCAGUACUGUGUUAAAAAUUGUGAAUUUGUAUCUGCAAAAUCCUGGAGGUUCUGUUCGCAGAGAGAUGUGCCUUACUUCAGGACCCUCUCAGUCCCACAGCCUGCCUUCUGCCCAAAAUGGGUCCUCUCAAAUGCCUUUUCUUGUUGUCAACAUCUGGUUCCAGCUUUUCACACUCCAGGCUUCAGAUCAUCUCCAUGGGAUCCAGAUUCCUGCAUGGCAGCAAACAGGAGGUUUGGGACCAUGGCCACACUGAGCUCUGCACAUCCUGCCCUGAGACUGUCUGCCCUCAGGAAGGUUGUCUGGGUUGGGAGGUUUGCUCAUUCCCAACCUCUCCUAAGCCAAAAACUCCUGCAACACCUGAAUGCAGUAUCUGUGUGAGAUGGUUUUAGCCAAAGUGUCAGAUUUAGGAAGGAGCAGUGCUCACCACCAGGAUCCACUGGCACUACUCCAAUGAACCAGGGGAGUUUGUCACAGACUGCCUGUGAAGUCUUUACAGUUCAGGCUUUGCUUGUGAAGUGUCUGUAUUCUAGGAAUGGCCCAGCAUUGGUUGAUCCAAACCCCCUCUGCUUGUUCUGUGCAGAUCCAGGCAUCAUGAAUUCAGACAGUUGUCAUUUGUUGCUGAACUGCAAUAUCAAAAUGCAGCUCUUGAUCAUGGCAUCAUUCAUAUCAAAAAUAUCCUCAGUGAGAAAGAGAUGCUCAUCAGCAAUAGCUGGUUACCUGUUUGUUACUCCCUGACCCUUGCUCUCCACAUCCCCUGCUGAGGCAGUUGUUGGUAGGAAUUGUUGGGUUCAAUAAUGUUGAAUUUCAUUACAAAGUGCAGUCCAUGAUGUAAACGUGUGCCAGUCGUGCUUGUAGAGGAGAAAUACUCACUUUGGUGAAGACAAAGAGAUUCUCUUCAAUGUUCUGCUUUUUAACUCAAAGCCUGACGUCAGGGCACAGAAUGUGUAUGUAAAAAGUCCUGAGUAAACAGCUCUUGCAUUUUAUCUGAGAGCCACCAGAAAAAUCCCGUUGAGUGAGAGCAGGAGAGCUGUGCUGGGGGAUGUGUUGUUAGGAAAUCAGGGUGCCUGUAUUGCAGUGUGCUGCUGCUUCAAGAAACUAAAUGGUUCUGUAGCAGGAUUUGAGUUCUUAAUAUCUCUACAUGAAUAUAGAGUAUUUUUAUAAAUUAGAUUACAGCUGUAUGUGAUAUGUGGUGUUGUUACAUGCUGAGAUCUGUCACUGCACAGCCAUUCCAUGAGGUUUUGUUCUCAGUUUGCAGCAGCAGAGCUGUUCUUACAAAGCAGAUUGUUACCCAGAGCUGUUUGAUCGUGUGAGGAUGGGUUUUAGUGCUUCACAGUCAUGCCAAGGUCUCAGUUGUCUUGUUUAUCCACCCUCCUCCUCCGUGUCCCUGGCAUGGUUGUGCAGGUGUAAGGGAGGCAUUUACAUGUUUCUGUCUGUGCUGUGGGUGCUCUCAGCCACUCCUUCAGAUGGGACUUUGAGUGCUGGCUGGGGAGUGGAUGGCUUGGAAAUGCCACAUCACCCUCCCACUGCAGGAGACAGGGAGGUAAUUCAGGGUUGAAUUCCUGGUGAGUAAAUAAAGCAGCAUUAAGAACUUGUUCAACAAUUUCCAGAUAUAUUUUUAGAGCACUUUAUCUUCAACCUUUUGUUUUCCAAAUGCUGUGUAGGUUGAAUGUUUACAGCUUUACCUCCAACUUUUUCCCAACACAGGUGUUUUUUCUAGGCUUUAUCAUUUUCUGUGAAACUCUGUGUUUGAUCCAGGUACAGCAAAAUAAGGCUCUUUUUCCAAACCAGGACACUUAAAGAGUUGGACACUUAAAGACCAGGACACUUAAAGAGGUGCAGCAUGAUUAUCAGGGAGUAAGGAACAGCAGUGCUGGCUGGGGGGGAUGUGGGAGCAGCUUGUAGGGACAGCCAGAGGAUCAGGCUCUGGGGAGAGGAAAUAACUGAGCCCAAGGCGGGGUGGGGGCAAGGUGGUUGUGAUAAACUUUUCAGAUUUUUUGAAAGCAGGUUCUCUGUCCAGCACUCCCCAAGGGUGAGGUAAUGACUUCUGGGAUGUUUAUCUUGUGAUUAAAAUAUUACAAAAGGUGCUUUACGUUGAACAACCAAAAUCCCUUUCUGUUUGAAUGUACAGUACAAGUGGAAUCAUGUGUGGGAGCUCAGUGUUUUCCCAAAUGUAAAUGUUUUAAUAUGUAAAUAGGUUGCUUCUGUUGGAGACAGUUCAAAUUUCUGAAUCCAAACUAUCACUUGGAAACACUCAGUUACAAACAAUAUCGUAUUAGUCCUUUGUCUAUUUUAUUGUUUUCUGUGUCUAGCUAUUUAUACACCUGUGCUCUAUUUAAUAAAAAAGUACAUAUGCUCCAGGCUUUAAAAACUACUCUUUGAAUCUUACCAAACUUACUUUUAAAAGAGUUUAAAACACUUGAAAUUUUAUACAAAAAAAAGUGAAGUUGCCAGAACACAAUGGAAGCAAGAAAACACUUUUAUUUAUUAAAAACUAUGCUUAUUUUUUUGCUUAGAACUUGCAACAAAAUGUUUUAAACUGGAGAACUAUUGUUAUUCAGUUUUAGGGAUUGAAGAAUGGAGAAGUGAAUGCUGGUUGGAAUGUUAAUGUAGGGCUGUUACAGUUCUUUGCAUCUCAGAACAUGUUGUCUCACGUUUCCUGUUCUUUUAAGACUGUGCCUCCAUCAUUCUAAUGGCAAUUAUAAGCUCUGUAAUAAAAAUGUAGCAUCCAAA